AUGACUGGUACUGUGGCAUGGCUACUUGUGAUGCUUUUAAAUUAUAUCCUGAGUGAGGCUGGUGGCCACACACCACCACGGGGCUUUAAGUAUGCAUCUUAUGAGGUGACCAUCCCAAGGAAACUGAGCUUCCGAUAUGGACAACAGGAAAUCCAGGAUGUCAGCUACCUGCUGCAGAUUGAGGGGAAGGGCCAGGUGGUGCAUCUCAAGCAGAAGAAGGGCGCUGUUCCUAAGCACUUACCCAUCUUCACGUACCAUGAGGGGAACCUCCAGGUUGACUAUCCUUCCAUCAGGGACGAUUGUUUCUACAGUGGCUUCAUACAGGGCAGUCCUAACUCUUCAGCCACCAUCACCACUUGCUCAGGAGGACUCAAGGGAGUGUUCAAAAUAGAAAACAAGACGUAUGGAAUUCAACCUGCCCAGGCAUCUGCUACCUUUCAACAUGUGGUGUAUCAGCUGAUUGUAGACGAAGAUGUCAUGCAAAUGAGGUGUGGGGUGACGGAGAAAGAGCAAAGUCAUCACGAGGCCAUGCAGGAGGCUGAGCAUGUCGUAGUGCAAAGCGCUCCAGCGGGACGCUGGUGGCCACACGCCAGAUACGCAAAGAUAGCAAUUGUGGUGUCACAUGAACAGUACGUUAAGUUUAAUAGAAACAUAACUGAUACAGCUUUGACUGUUUUCUACGUCAUCCAUACUGCAAAUGAAUUAUACGAGCCACUUGGUCUUCAGAUCUCUCUUGUGGGGCUGGAGAUAUGGUCAGAAAAGAACCUAAUAAAUAUUAGUGACGGUGAUAUCGGGCCAGUACUUCAUGCUUUUAAUGAAUGGAGACGGGACACGUUACUUAAACGUUUAAAGAAUGAUGUUGCUCACUUAUUUACGCACAAUUAUUUUGGAACAAGACUUGGACUGUCUUAUUUACACACUAUUUGUAAUGACCAUUUGGCAUCUGUUGUCCUAACAUCAAUGUCUUUGGAUUUGAACUUACUCUCUGUGGUAUUUGCCCAUGAAUUAGGCCAUAUUCUUGGUAUGACACAUGAUUCAGCAAAUUGUAAAUGUGAUAGGCUUUUCUGCAUUAUGUAUGAAUUUGCAAAAAACACUGAUAAGUUUAGCAAUUGUAGUUAUGAAGAGUAUUACACAAAUAGGUACAAGCCUUGCUUGUUAAUUCCUCCAGAGCCUGAUCAAAUAUACAAAUUUGAAAUGUGUGGGAACAAAAUAGUGGAAGAAGGAGAGCAAUGUGAUUGUGGUACCAAUACUCAGUGUGAGUCGGAUCCCUGCUGCCAGCCUAAUUGCAUGUUGCGUCCAGGUGCCACUUGUGCUUCUGGACUGUGCUGUGCCAGGUGUCAGUACCGUGCAACCGGAUACACUUGCAGAGGGAAUACCAGUGUCUGUGAUCUUCCAGAGUACUGCAGUGGGACUUCAGAGCGGUGUCCUGAUGAUUUUUACGUGCAAGAUGGUGCCCCAUGCAGUUAUACUGGCUAUUGCUAUCAUGGUCGUUGUACUACUCACAAUGAGCAGUGCAAAGCAAUCUUUGGCAGGGGUGCAACAGUUGCUCCAGUGAGUUGUUUCAGAAUACUGAAUGCUCAAGGCGAUCGCUUUGGCAACUGUGGUUUUAUGCAAGGUACCUAUAUAAAAUGUAAUGCUCAGAAUACUCUGUGUGGCCGAAUCCAUUGUGAUAAUGUUCCUAGAUUACCUUCUUUGGCAGAACACAGCACCCUCAUUCAAGCAUCCGUUGGUGAUAUUAAGUGCUGGAGUACAGACUACCACAAAGGACUGGGGAAAAGUGAUAUUGGAGCAGUGCAAGACGGGACUCCUUGUGGCGUGCGUAAGAUGUGUAUCGAUUCAGAAUGCAAGAACGUGUCCCUCUUGAAGUAUGAUUGUAAUGUCACAAAGUGCAAUAAUAGGGGAAUAUGCAACAACCGUAAACACUGCCAUUGCAAUUAUGGCUGGGCCCCUCCUGACUGCCUAAACCAAGGCUAUGGUGGCAGCCUUGAUAGUGGACCAACUGCAAGAGACUGGAGUGGUAUCGUUAUGGGAUCUUUAGUAGGAAGCAUAUUAUUUGUUUCUGUUGUAACUCUUGGUGUUAGUAUGGGUUUGUAUUACAAGAUUAUGCUGAGAGACCAGCUUCGAAGAAUGAGUGCCAGAAUCAACAUUGCAGAAGAAACCUAA